CGUGUGUGCAAUCCUGCAUUCAAAACUUUACCAUUACAUCUUUUUGCAGAAAUUGCAUCAAAGAUGAUUGAAACAAUUGAUAAAAAACCUGUUGAAAUUAAAAAUUUAAUGCAAAGAUUCACUUUAGAUGUUCUUGGAAAAGUUGCCUUUGGUUUUGACUUUAAUAGUCUUGGAAAUCCAAAUAGUGUUUAUGUAACAACUUAUAAUGAAGUUCAAAAGGCAAUAUUAGGUCCAUUAUCUUUGUUUUUUCCAAUUGAUCGUAUUCCAAUAAUAAAACAAAAAAGACUUAAAAAAGUUAAUAAAUUAAAUAAUAUAUUUAAUGAAAUCAUUAAAGAAAAGCAUAAAGCUUUAGCUGCUGGAAAGUUUCAAGGAGAUCUUUUAGAACUCAUGCUAAAUGCUAAUGAAAAUCUUGAUAAUCAAAUGUUAUCAGAUGCUGAUCUAAGAAAUAUUAAAGAAAAAGCUCGAGAAGAAGUAUUAAGAAUACUUGGUGACAAUUUAAUACCAUCAGCUGAACAACAUAAAUCAUUAAAAUAUUUAAAUAUGAUUAUUCAUGAAAACCUUAGAAUGUAUCCACUAGCUCCAUCUCUACAAUAUCGUAAAUUAACUGAAGAUUUAAGAUUUAAAAAUUUUACAAUUCCAGCUGGUACACUUAUUGAACUAUUUAUAUAUGGAAUACAUCAUUCACCAAAACUUUGGGAUAAUCCUGAAGAAUUUUUAUCUGAGAGAUUUGAAAAUGAAUUCACAACUGGUGAAAAUUAUUCUUGGUUGGCUUUUGGUGGUGGAACUAGAAU